AUGGUAGACAUGGAAAGGUUUCGGGCGUAUCCUGCCGCCUCAUCUGCCUUCUAUCAUGAGAAGGACCAGGACCAACCGAAGGAGGUGAUUAGCUGGCGUGCCGUGCCACGGAAAGACCAGCUUCUUAUUCUCUUCGCAUCUCGUUUCGUCGACUUCUUGCAGGUGGCUUCAUUACAGGCAUACAUCUUCUUCCAACUCAAACACUUUGACGACCGGCUCUCAGAUGCAGAGAUAUCGAAACAAGCCGGCAUACUGCAGGGCUGUUUUACUGGUGCUCAAGCUCUCACUGCAAUCCUUUGGGGCAAGGCCGCGGACGCCAGUUGGUGUGGCCGUAAGCGCGUGCUUCUCAUCGGCCUCGCUGGUACAGCUGCAUCAUGCGUAGGAUAUGGAUUCUCAACUUCAUUUUACGAAGCAGCAUUGUGGAGAGCCUUGGGCGGCGCCAUCAAUGGUGCUGUCGGCAUCACUCGGACCAUGAUUGCAGAAGUUACAGUAGAGAAGAGAUACCGAUCCCUGACCUUUCUCAUCUUACCAAUGAGCUUCCAUGUAGCAGGCAUUAUCGGCCCAAUUCUAGGGGGCCUGCUUGCAAAUCCGAUCGAGACCUUUCCUCAGGUAUUUGGCGAAGCAGCGAUAUUUGAAUCGCAGUGGAUAUACCAGAAUCCAUAUGCCUUACCUAGUAUUGUCAACGCCCUUCUUCUGACCAUCUCGGCCAUUGCAACUUAUCUAUUUCUCGAAGAGGUGAGUGGCCAUAUGCUGGAGUCGAUUGAUCUCUGGGGGAGCUAA